GCUCCUGAGGGGCCCCACAACGCUUCCUCCGCCCCACGCUACUGCCCCGUCAGUGUCUUCCCCGUUGCCCAUCUUUCCCGUGAAGGAGAGGUGUGCCUCCUGUCAUAAGCCACCGGCAUCCUUCCCUGCCGUUAAUUCCGUACCCAUCCGAUUCAUUGCACCGCCCGUACCUUCCUGCCACCGCCCCGGCAUCGGCCCCCUUUGCGCGCCGUGCCUGCGCGGGGACGGAGAGGGGAAACCUAUUUCUUUGACUCUCGAGCCUUGAUAGCAGGAAAUUAAGUAGUUGAGAUACCAUGCUCCAAGAAGUGAAUCUGCUUGAUGGCCUUUUAGGAUGCAUGUAAUCUUGUGAGCAUACAUCGUCAUGAAGACUUACUUCAUGCUUUUCUUCUGCCUUCUUCCAUUUAUAGUCUUCCUGCUGUAGGGAAGAGUGGUGAUGUCCAGUUGUCUCUGCUGUUUCAUUGAAUGUCAGGAAAAGAAAUAUCUUUUUGUAAGAUAACACAAGUGAAACAAAAUUAAGGAUCAGUUCUAAAUUCUCUUACUAAUUUUUGAUUGUAAUCAUUCAUAUGGUAUUUUAAAAGCCUAGUAGUGAGAAUUUUUUUCAGUGAUAUUUUUGUAAUUAUCUAGAUUUAGGCUAUAUACAAGUCAUUUUACUAAUUAAGAAUAUUGAAAAUGGCAGCUUCUUUUUAGUUUUCUUUCUAACUUAACCAUCUACUCUUAAAUCCAGAGAGGGAGAGUCUGGUAAGAUGAAAAUGCUCAUCUUAUCUAUGUGCAUGCUGAACUAUAGAAUUGGCUAUUUAUAGUGUGUGUCCUGCAAGCACAUUUUAAAUGUUGCUAGAUACUAAUUCUUGUGAACCAGUGAUAAGAUCCAAGAAAUAAUGUUUAUUAUAAUAUUAAGGACCUUUUUUUAAAUAUUCUCAAUGUUUUUGCAAACACUUUGGCUAGCAAGAGGAAGCAGGACAAAGUAGUGGUGGUUGUCUGUCAGGGCUGUAGGUUGUGAAGAAGAAAAGAAAGGAUCCUGGGUGUCUUUGUGUUAAAUGGUAAGGAAAUAACAGUUACCUGGACACUAGGAUGUGGUGCCAGUUAUUUAGGUGAGGAAUAAUGCCUGACUGAAACAGCUACCAAGGACAUUGUUUUUGUUUUGCAUGCGUAUUCUGUAUCUCCAAGUAUAUAGUUGCCUAUAUUCUAAACCAAUGUAAGUAAAUGUUGGUUAAAAUGACUCAAUGGGACAGCAAGUCAAAAGAGUUCUAUAGAGGAGUAUCCUUUAAUGUGAAGUCAUUGCCUUUGAGCAAAAACUAUUUCAUUUGACUUUGAAAUUCAGUGUUACUUCAUCAGGUGACCAGUUGCCUGCAGGCUGCAUAAAAACAUUUUGUUCCACAGCCAGCAAUUUUAGGAUCAGUGGUGAUUUUGUAAAGCACAAUAGGCUUCUUUUUAAGGAAACAAUCAAAACUGAACAGGGGCAAGACAGUUGUUUCCCAAAUAGCAUACAGUUCCUGUGUUGUCUUGGUUUGAACCACAAGACAUAGUCCAUCAGAUGUCAGUGGCUGAUGUGUCCUCAGUAUCAGUGGGGGACUGGAGUGGGUCCUCAGUUUCUUCUCCCCUCAGGAACUCCAGGCUUUGCAGACUUGCACAGGAAAGGCAUUAUCUUACCAGGGGAAUUAUCACUUUAAAUUGUCAUAUAGCGUAAUAGUGGUGAUGUAAGCGUAAUAGCUAGAAAUGUGCUUCUUGGUUUUUUUUUGUUACGGUAUUUCUCCAGACAUCAAGGUAUGUAGGUAGGUAAACUAUGGAUAUUAAAACUAAUUUUAUCUUUUGUAUGCUUUUGUUAUGUCCUUAUUGGGCAUUACACAGAAAAUAGUAUUAUGGUGAUUAAAUACUGACAUUAAUAAGCAUAGCCUCUUUGUUUCAUGGAUUUUCUUUUUUCCCAUUGUUAGAAAGGAACAAUGUUCUAUGAAGAGAUUGGGUACUGUAUUACUGCUUUAACAUACUAGCAUACCAGGUUUUUUGUAGAGAAAGUGCAGAACUGCAAACCAAAAAGAUUCCAUUUUUAAAAAAAUGCUGUAGUUUUGAAUUAUUCUUACAAAUAUAAUUUGAAACAGCAUUGAAACUCUUCUGUAACAAAACCAGUCUGUUUUUUUGGCAGUGACAUUACUAACUCACUACCUGCAUUGGUUACCAAAUGUUAAAAACACAUGGAAAGCAUUAUGAAACUUCACAUUUAGAAAUAGUUCAGAGAUUUGAUGUGCUCCUUGUGAUCAUCUUCACAGGUGUGCUGUUUUCUGGCUCCUCUAAGAAGAUAAUUUCUAAAUUUUACAGUUUUGAGCUACUUGAGGUUUGCAUUCACCGUGUUAGAUCGUCCAGCGGCAUUCGCUUUAUAAAAUCAAAAUAUGUGUGCGUGUUUGACAAAUCUGCCCUCAAGUUUAGUCAUCAACAGCGAUUAUUCAGAACAUCUGCUGUUUCAUGUGGCCAAAUUGUCCAGUUUAAGCUAUCUGACAUUGGAGAAGGGAUUACGGAGGUGACUGUAAAAGAAUGGUAUAUAAAAGAAGGUGACAGUGUGUCUCAGUUUGAUAGCAUCUGUGAAGUACAAAGCGAUAAAGCUUCUGUUACUAUUACCAGUCGUUAUGAUGGCAUCAUCAGAAAACUCCAUUACAAUGUAGAUGAUAUUGCUUUUGUUGGAAAACCAUUAGUGGACAUUGAAAUCGAUGCUUCAAAAGGUGUUUCGCCAGAAGAAGAUGUUGUUGAAACACCUCCUAUGUCUCACGAAGAGCACACUCACCAAGAGAUAAAAGGUCACAAAACAUUAGCAACCCCUGCAGUUCGUCGUCUGGCCAUGGAGAACAAUAUUAAAUUGAGUGAAGUUGUUGGAACAGGGAAAGAUAACAGAAUUCUUAAAGAAGACAUACUCAAUUACUUGGCCAAACAAACAGGAGCUAUUUUACCUCCAUCACCGAAGGCUGAAAUUAUUCCACCUUUGCCAAAAUCAGAGACUGUGCCAGCUGCUCCAAAGGACAGAGCACGCAAAAUUCCUGUGCCUGUUUCCAGACCCAUGGUGUUUUCAGGAAAGGACAAAACGGAACCUGUAACAGGUUUUCACAAGGCAAUGGUAAAGACUAUGAGUGCAGCCCUGAAGAUACCCCACUUCGGUUAUUGUGAUGAGAUUGAUUUGACUCAGCUUGUCCAGCUGCGAGAAGAGCUGAAACCUCUAGCACAAGUUCGUGGAGUUAAGCUUUCCUUUAUGCCUUUCUUCAUAAAGGCAGCCUCUCUGGGAUUAUUGCAGUAUCCCAUUCUCAAUGCCUCUUUGGAUGAAAGCUGUCAAAAUGUCACAUAUAAGGCUUCGCACAACAUUGGAGUUGCUAUGGACACAGAGCAAGGUUUAAUUGUCCCAAAUGUGAAAAAUGUUCAAGUCUGUAGUGUGUUUGAGAUUGCUUCUGAAUUAAAUCGCCUACAGUCCUUGGGCUCUGCAGGCCAACUGGGAACUAAUGACCUCACUGGGGGAACAUUCACACUUUCAAAUAUUGGCACAAUUGGUGGCACUUACGCCAAACCAGUGAUACUACCUCCUGAAGUAGCCAUUGGAGCACUUGGAAAGAUACAGGUUCUCCCUCGGUUUAAUGGAAAAGGUGAAGUAUUUAAAGCACAGAUAAUGAAUGUGAGUUGGUCAGCUGAUCACCGCAUCAUCGAUGGAGCUACAAUGGCCCGGUUUUCUAACCUGUGGAAAUCUUACUUGGAGAACCCUGCUUCAAUGCUGCUAGACCUUAAAUAAAGGAAACCAUGGCUAAAAUAAGCCUUUAAACUUUGGAUUAGACUGAACAAUUACAAAAGCUAGCUCUGCUAGCAUGUGCCCUUUGCUACUCACAUUAUAUAAUAGUUUUAUGUGGUUAAAAGUUAACAGCUGCUAUCAGUCUAUCAAUUAUUUGUUACUUCUUUUAAUUAGUAGUGCUGUAAUUACUUCUACAGCAGACUGUCAAACUAAUAGGUCAUGGCGCGACUUCUGAAUGUGGUGAUGGAAUGUCUUUAUUUUGCCUUUUAUAAUUCAUGCGGUUGUGAGGCUGGUGUGACUGAAUGACACCGAUCUACAUCUGCAGUAUUUGUAAUCUGAUUAACCUGUUUUGAAGGGAAAUACUCAUCAUUCUUCCUUGUUGGAAAUGCAAACUUAUUUUAACAAAUAAUAUCCAAAUUCCCAAAAGAAGUUAUGCAAUAAUCAUACACAAAUAAAAUGCCUUUUAUGUUUCUGCUCUAAGAUGUCCAGAGAGCUUUUUGUUGUUUAACAGAGUAAACCUCUCAAGUCUUUUGCUAGUCCACUUUUUCCUGGCAAUUUUACUUGCACAGGUACUCUUUAUUGAAUUAUAAAUGAAGAGGCCAUAUUUAUUCAAAUGCUUACUGAUAACAUUUAUUGAUAACUAUCAGGGCCUUGAUACUCUAUAGAAUAUAGUGUACUUUUGUCGGCUGUAAGUAGUUACAGUCCUUAAAUACUAUCCAGUUAUUUCUGUUUCUUAUAGAAAGCAUCUGUCUGUUUAAAAGGAAAAAAAAAUAAAGGAAAAAAGGAGGAUCUCA